AGCUGGAGAGGGAGGGGCAGGAAAUACUGAAGAGGUGGCAACUUGUGGGGAGUUAGGGCUGGAGGGGGCAGGGAAUACCCUGGGUGAGGAAAGGGAGGGGGACAGAGUGUGACAAACCUGCUGGGACUUGUUAACAUGGGCCUAGAUCCUCAGAACAAACACUUGGGUCUUGGGGAAGAAAAUUCCCUAAUUUGUGAAACAGGAAACAGACAAACCAACCCCCUGGGCAGGGCUGGGAAAACUGACCAGACUUCCAGUGCUGAACCCUCAGCCUGCUAGCCAGGGGCUGGUGUGACAUGGAAAGGGGGCCCCCACCAGGGAGGUGUAGGGAAGAUGUCCCAGCCCCUCACAUCCAGCUGCUGGCAGUGGGGAGGGUGUUGGGUUCCUACCAUGGGGUUGUAUCAGCCCCUGGCUAGUAGGUGUGUGAUGGAUCUGCAGGCAGAGACAAGGGGUCUCUCUUUGUUCUCUCACCGUGGUGCCCCGGCUGCUCUCAGCAGUGUGGGGAUAGGACUCUGCCGACUGUUUCUCUCUCAGAGCUUCCAUUUGAUUGGCUGCUUUCCCCCAUGAAUAGGGGGGCUGUGAGUGGGGAGCAGGUACUGAGUGUUGGACUCUUGCUCUUUCAGGGGCUGGUGACCUUCGAGGAGGUGGCUGUGUAUUUCACCAGGGAAGAGGGGGCUCUGGUGGACCCCACUCGCAGAGCCCUUUACAGAGAUGUCAUGCAGGAGAACUAUCAGAAGGUGACCUUGCGGGGGUUUCCAGUUUCCAAACUCUCUGUGAUCUCCCAGCUGGAAGGAGAAGAAGAGCCGUGGGUGCUGGCUCUCCAGGAUUCAGAGAAAAACGAGAUCCUGAGAAGUCCCUGGACAGGUGAGGAAAUAUUAAACCAACCCAGAAACUCAGGUGAUGGGGUGGUGAGGGAGAGUGAGGAGCAGAAUCCUCACCAGGAAGAUGCUGAGCUUGCCGAAGUGCAUGGGGAAUUACUGCGAAGAUCCAAAGGGAGCGUGACCAGCCCUUGUGAUCAGGGAAAAGCUGAUGAAAGUUACCAUAGACAAGAGAGAGAGCAGGGAAACCACUCAGAGGAGAGAGUGGAUGAACCCAUUAAUUGUCAGGGAACUCCCAGGGACCUCAAGGAAACUACGUCCCAGGAGAAAAUCCUCACAGAGAAGCGAGAGAAUACAUGUAGUGAGUGUGGGAAAAACUUCAAUUACCAUUCAGCCCUUAUUCGACAUGAGAUAAUCCACACAAAAGAGAGACCCUACGAAUGCUGUGAGUGCGGGAAAAGCUUCAAUCGUACCUCUGCCCUUAGUAGGCAUCAGCAAAUACACAGAGGAGAGAGACCCUAUGAAUGCUGUGAGUGUGGGAAAAGUUUCACUCAGAGAUAUACCCUUAUCUCUCAUCAGAGAAUCCACACGGGAGAGCGACCCUACAAAUGCUGCAAAUGCGGGCUAAGCUUCACUCAGAGAUCAGCCCUUAUCUCUCAUCAGACAAUGCACACGGGAAAGCGACCCUACGAAUGCUGCGAGUGUGGGAAAAGCUUCUCUCGGAGCUCAAACCUUACUAUACAUCAGCGGAUCCACACAGGAGAGAGACCCUAUGAAUGCCGUGAGUGCGGGAAACGUUUCACUCACUCCUCCUCCCUUACCUCUCAUCAGACAACGCAUGCAGGAGAGCGACCCUAUGAAUGUUGUGAGUGUGGGAAAAGCUUCUCUCGGAGCUCAAACCUUACUAUGCAUCAGAGGAUCCACUCAGGAGAGAGACCCUAUGAAUGCAGUGAGUGCGGGAAACGUUUCACUCACCUCUCCUCCCUUAUCUCUCACCAGAAAAUCCACACGGGAGAGAGACCCUAUGAAUGCAGUGAGUGCGGGAAAAGCUUCUCUCGGAGCUCAACCCUUAUUACACAUUACAGAAUCCACACCGGGCAGAGACCCUAUGAAUGCUGCGAGUGUGGGAAAAGCUUCGCUCAUAGUUCAGGCCUUUCUAAACAUCAGAGAAUCCGUAAAGGAGAUAAACUUCAUAAAAACCUUCUCUAGAGCUGUCAGAAGAUUUUUUUUCUUUAAUUCUUUUGACAGUUCCCAGGUAGUGAGUGUUAAGGCUGUUUGCAUCUUUUGUCCACUGUAGUCCCUCAGCUCCCACACGAGUUGCGCAUUUUUGAAGCUCGCCCGUCUUUGGGGUGGAUCCUGUGGUCCUUUCUAUCAACUCCAUUGUCCUGCCAGUCAUGGGAGUGGGUGUCCUUUCUACCAGGAAUGUAAUCACCCCAGGUGGGGGAGAUGGGGAGUAUCUUCAACCAGCUACAUUGAGAUAAAAUAUACCUGGGUCUCAUCACUGUGGUUGCCAUGAAGUUAGCUAGCUUGAGUUCACUUUCCUGAUGUAAAAAGACAGCUAUUCUUGCAGUAAAGACAAGGGCCAUGGAUAGUGGGUGGGGUUAUCUAGCACAUUUGCUGCUGGUCUGACCUAACCACCGUCACAUUUCCUUGUCUGAACAAACCUGGAGAUUCACAUUUAUACUCCUCCUCUCAGUGCAAAGUUAUUGUUCGAGUUGCCAUAUUCCUCUCUGAGGACAGAUCCUCUCAUUCCCAGUUGUUCUCACAUUACCCUGCAUUGUGCAGAAGAGCAGUUAUUUUGUUGACUUUUUUUCUCAUGUAAAAUAUAUUUAAAUAUGAUGAAGAGCUGGAGCAGUGUCAGGGAAAUAAGGGUCAUUUCAGGCUCUGUGACACUGGAAGGAGAUGGGGCGACACAGAGAUUCCGUCCUUCCCCAUCACGCCAGAACUGUUACCUUAUGUCUGAGCCAUGCAGAGUUCACCCCUUCAUAUUCCUUCACUUCCCAACGUGUCCGGUGAGGUCAUGUUCUUGGCUGUCCAUGCUUGGGAAUGGUGCUUGGACAUCUUUGAUCCUAAAUCAGAAGCACUCUGGCAGGCAGUGAAAGUGUCACAGACCUGGAAGGGGAUUUCAAAUGGAUCCCAGGCACUGUUCAAAUCCCCUUUUCCCUCCAUUGGCAAAGCCACUUCUGGGAAGGUCGGUUGUUUUUUCCACCCGUUAUGAAGGUGCUAAAACUUUUGUGAAUAACACUAAUGAGGCAGCGCUGGGUGAAGCAGGUUUCAGUGGAUCAGGGGAGAAUUUCUCAUCCUGAUUCUGAGACAUCAGAUGUAACCUAUUCUGGAAUUUCACUUUAAAUUAAAAUGAAAGUGUCUUCUA